UAUGUAAUUUAAAUCUCGCAGGUUUACUUUCAAAAAUUAUUUAAAUAUUUUUUAUUUGAUAAAAUUUUAGUUGAUUCGAUUUAUUGAUAAAUAAAAACGUACAAAUAUUCAAAUUUGAAAUUUGUGUCAGAAUUUCAAACCGUUGGUAAAUAAAAAUAGUAAUUUAAAAAAAUUACAAGUAAUUUUAAAUAUUUAUUAAAAAAAAAAAAAAAAACAAUUAUUAUUGAUUGGUAAUAAAAUUAUCCAGUAAUAAUAAUAUUUAAUUUAAUUGGCCAGCGUGUCAAUUGAAGUUGGUGAUGCGCUAGAAGCUAGAAGAGGUUAGUAACUGGGAGUAUUCAAAUAAAUAAAAUACCAAGAUGUCAUGGAUCCGGGAAAACACAUUGAACUGUUUGCAAUCAUGUGCAGUGAAAGUAAUCAAAAGUGGACAGGUACCUCGACAUGUUGCUUUUAUAAUGGACGGGAACAGGCGAUAUGCAAGUAAAAAAAAUUACGGCAGUUUUAUCCAAGGACACACUGAAGGGUUUGAUAAAUUAGCGGAAACUCUGCAGUGGUGUCUGGAUCUUGGAGUGAAGGAAGUGACAGUUUACGCAUUCAGCAUCGAGAACUUCAAGAGAGGCAAAGAGGAAGUGGACGAGCUGAUGACGUUGGCUGAAAACAAGUUCCAGAAGCUGCUAGACGAAAGGGAAAAACUUAUGGAGCACGGGGUGAGGAUUUGCGUCAUUGGGAACCUGAGUCUGAUACCAGAGAACGUGAGGAAGCUCAUGGACAAAGCAGUAUUAAUUACCAAAGACAAUUCCAAGGCUCUGCUGAACGUCGCCUUCGCAUACACGUCCAGGGAUGAAAUUGUCGAAACCAUAAAAGUGAUGUCGGAAAAAGUUUCCAGUAGCCAAUUGCUUCCGGAUGACAUUAAUGAGAAAUUAUUUUCGGAGUACAUGUACACCAGACAGUCCUCAGAUCCUGAUUUAAUCAUUCGUACCUCGGGUGAAGUGAGAUUCAGUGACUUUCUUCUCUGGCAGUUUAGUUACUCGUAUAUAUAUUUUUCAAAAUCGUUUUGGCCUGAGUUUAAUAUAUGGGAUUUUUUGACUGCGAUUUUUUACUACCAGCGAAAUGCUGAUGAGUUACAAAGACUCAGAUGUUACGGAGAGACAGAGAAUAAAGUUUGAUAUUUUUGUUAAUAAAUUUGAACAUUAUCGAGUGUAAGAAACUUGGUCAUUAUUUUAUUUCACUGGAGUACUGUCAUUUUUUGGCAUCCGGGAAUUAAGCGCGAAAAAUUCAAAUUUUUUUUUUUAAUUCUAGAUGAGCUCAUGGGUUAGUAAUAAAAAAAUUUACUCACCCUGAUGCCUAUUGGUAUCUUUUGUUAUGGAUACUUUGUUAUAAAAAAAGGUGCAUAA